AUGUCACAUCUACGGCACCCUGCCCCUUCUACACGGUGAGCAUUCUUUCCUGAUGUGCUUUGAAUGGAGAUACUAAGAGCAUAGAACAUCACCGGUUUCCCAAUCGCAAACGAUCCACAUCAGGGAACUCCGUCAACUACCACCCACACCGCAAGGGACUCGAAAAUGGGCAAUCAAGAUAACUUCCGGUUCAUACAGUACUACACGGAUUUUAACAGACCCUUUCGACGCAACACUAGAAACCCGUCUAAGGUGGGCACUAGAAGAGCACGCUCAAAAAGAUCCCUUCGAGGACCAAAAGGCAGCCAGAGUUAAUCGAGAAUUGUGGGGGUAUUCAAUGAGUCUAAUGGAGCAGCUGCGGCUUACAGAGAUAAUAUCAUUAUCGAAACCGAAGGAAGAACGAGCAUCGGAGGGGUGUACAAUGCUCGAAGCGUCGAUGCAGGGCAUAAAUGGGAAGAAGUGGUUCGUGGAUAUUGAAGGUUGGAGCUGGAAUUCAGUGGACGGCACACAGGAGGCUUGUAUGGGCGGGAUUCACUGGGAGGCAUUGGAGAAUCCGGAUGCCUGGCCAGCACAGAUGCGACCAUGUAUCAUUGUUCGACGGAGAGCCCCCAGCGCCAGUAUGGUUACGAGGGGUCCGAUUGUCUGUGUUGGCGGUACUGCUUUCAAUAUUUUACUGGUUGUUUCGCAUCCGAUGUCCGUUGCCACCCCUAGCGGGAGAACGGCUAGUCCGAGACUUGUUAGCCGGCCUCUAGUCGAUCUUGUCCAGAGAUUAAGGGCCGAAUGCGACGUACCGGUCCACCUGGAGGUCCUACGGCCCGCGAGUUGGACAGCCCUUGAGAAAAAACUGAGCCAACCGGGAAAAGGUCUCUGGCAUUUGGUCCAUUUCGAUGUUAACGCCAGGGUCACCAGAAUACCGCGGAAAAGUACCACGGGCCAGAGGGUGCCGGCAGAUACAGACGAGGUUAGUCUGUCUUUCGUUUCGGAGAGAUGCCCUCAAAAACGGACAUGGAAGACUGCACAUGAGGUUUCAAGCUUGCUUGUCUCAAACGGAGUGAAAUUUGUCGUUCUCAACGCUCCAAGAACCGCCAAGUCCUUUGGCACUGUGUCAUCGAAUUUCGGGGAGGCGCUGGUGCAGGAUGGCAUACGCGCGGUCGUAGCGUUGCCAAAUAAGAUACUAAACGCCGGAGCUGAGGUUCUUAUGUCAACCUUCUACCGAUGCUUCCUUGGGGAGACAUGGGAUUUGGCUGUGGCGCUCUCGGAGGCUAGGAGAGCGAUGAUGCGUGUUAAGAACCGAGAGGGCCGGUUCGGCGUUAUGGUUCCCCUUGACGACUGGAUCGUUCCGGUGCUCUAUCACAACGGCGCGACGGAAGUUUCCGUUGUCAGGAGCGACCCGGCCAUGAACCUCACAGUUGCCUCAAAAAACACCGUUCCUGACCCUAAAAGGUUAUUAGGCAAGUUUCAGGGGUUACUCUCCAGCGAAAAUACCCGAUCGUCUGAUGCAAUUACCGCCGACAAGGUUCCCACGGGGCGUGAAGAAAUUUCCGGACGGGAAUACGAUAUUUUCAAAAUAGAGCAGCUGCUUGAUAACAAUAUUUUGCAUCUCACCGGCGUGCCUGGGGCGGGGAAGACGAAGUUGAUGGCACACUUAGCGUGGUGGUGGAAGGCAACUUCUUUGGUCGAAGAGUCGUUUUACUUCGAUUAUGACAAUCAGCCUUCGUUGACUCCGGGGAUGUUACUGUCAAAGAUCUACCUCCAGCUAUUUACCCGUGGGCCUGCCGAGACGCAUUGCAAAUCGCGCCGCACAGCAUCCCCACGACGGUCGCCCCCGGACCCUAAGGGAAACUUUCUAACGCAGUGGUCCCUAUCAACUUCGCGCGCCUCCUCUCCGACUAGUGAUACAAGUGAUGGCGUCGGUGGCGAGUGUUGGAUGGGAAAGACACUCCAUAGACUGAAGGAGAGACCGUAUUUGAUUGUUCUAGACAGUCUCGAAAGUUCCGAAGCGGAGAUCAAAGAUGAUGAAGUACUUAGGGGAGAGGUUAAUGAAUUCUUAAAGAUGCUACAAGGAGGUAAAAGUGUGGUUGUUGUCGUUGGGAAUAAGAAAGAGAGCUGGCUUAACGACAGCCUCGUAAGGUUUGACAGAUACCAUUUGAAUGGGCUUGGUCUGUGAGUGUAUAUUCGCUUCACUUUAGUGAACUAUAAAUGCUAAUAGGCUGCAGUGACCAGGCUGUUGAUCUCGCGGGGUUUAUACUGGAGAAACGCGGUGGCGAUAGAAAAAAGUUUCAAAGCGCGGAGAAUAAGCAUUACUUGGAGAUGUUGCUUCGGCUUUGUGACUUCAAUCCUCUGGUCAUGGUUUGUGCCUCUCCCUAAUUCGCUGUCUUAACAAUACUGCUUGGUGCUGAUAAUGAAAAUCUCAGGAACUCACUCUUCCGGGAGUCGCACAGGGUCGUGCGGGACCAGUGGAGAUUUUACUUGAUACUUUACAGAGCGAAACAGCUCUCACUUGUGCGUCGUCAAUUAAGCCACUGCGAAGCCUUUCUUCGUUUCUUUCUAGGCUGGACAGAGAUUCCAAACAACUACUACUAUGCCUAGCGCCGUUUCAUACUCGCCUUCCGAAGGAGAUCAUCCCGUACCUUCAUUGUUUGCUGUACCACAAGGCUCUUCCAACCACUGCUGACACAGGCACAAUGCAAUUCCUUUUAUCAAGACCACCAUCAAUUCGGGAGAAUCGGCAACUGACUGCUAUUCUCUCCUCUACCGGCCUCCUUUCCCGGUAUAGGUAUAUCGUUCGAGACCUGUUAACAAAAGACUUUCUUCAAGAAGACUCUUCUGCAACGUCCUACCACAUCCAUCCAUUAUUAACCCUGUUUCUACGUCAGACAAUAUCAAACGGGGGAAAACGUGCGAAUUCAAAUUACGGCAUUGAAUACCCUCUUGUCACCCAUGCCUUUCUAGACUACCAAUCUCAACGAAGUUUCCUUUGGUCGCAGGUCCCGGCCGAAACUUACCUGAAUGUUGAGAAAGAGUUGGAGCUGGAAGAAAACAACUUCCUAGAGGCAAUAUGGACCCCGCUGGGACAUAUCGAUCCCGCUUCUAUUUUUUCUUCGUUCCCAGUGCAUGCAUUCGCCCGGUAUGCCUCUAUCGCAACUAUGCAGGACCUGCAAUUAAAAGUUGGACUAGUAAAGGAGAUUUGCACCCAAAUACUGAAGCGUUUCGAGGAACUUAGGAAGAAAGCUAGCCAAGGCGGGAGGAUUGGCGAGGAGGCUCUUGUGGCAGCACUUUUUGCCUCGGGUUGGCUAUGCGAGUAUCAUGCGGAGGGAGAUGAAACGUCCCAAUUCAAGAAACAAGUGGAGACUUCCACUGAGCUGAUUGGCAUGGCCAAGGAUAUAGGAGGGUGCCUGGAGAAGUUCUCGGUGCUUGGCGAACAAUGUGCUAUCCAGAGGAGCAUUGCCGUGCAGGAUGGUAUGACCGACGGGCUUAAAUUUCGGAAACCGUGGGCGGGAUUUCUCGCGGAAUACCAGGAUCCGAAGAAGAAAAAGAAGGAGGAGGACCAUGCGGAGUGGAGCGCUCUUGCAAAAGAGUUUAUCAGACUUCAGUCGAUUUCCGUGCAAGUUCCCCUAACAGGGCGCUUUAGUGAUGGAAUGCGGUUGUCACUCAAGGGCCAACUUUCAAACAUCUACUCAGAACUUGUUGAGGCCGUUCGAGGAAGUCCCCUGUAUGUUUUUCUUUCAAUAUACCCAUGGAUCCCGACAACCCUUCAUAGCACCCUCCCCUCCGAGCUUCCAAUGCUGUCCUCGGAGCAAUUUGUAGCCUACCCCGCCCUCCUGCAACUCCACCAAGCCCGCUUCGACCCCCCAUCAACACUCCCGAUCCUCCAAAAUCUACUGGCAACAGCUCUCACUCACUCCCUCCGAGACCUCGAGCUGUCAACACACAUCCUCCUCGCAAAGCAGAACUUUACCCUGCACUCACUGACCGCAACCCUCUCCCACUGCGAAUGCGUCACCGCCCUCCUCCCGCCGGGUCCGCACCUCCUCCCUCACCAUCUUCCUACUCUCUUGCAUGUCACUUUCCUCGCAGCCCUAACCCACACCCACCUCCGCGCCUGGGGGCUCGCGCUCUCAACCUUCAAUAUCACUCUAUCCCUGGCAAUGCACCUGACAGAUACUACAACGCAAUACUGUAUACUCCGCAAACUCUCCGUCGUAAAACGCGAAUCCGGUCUCGGGCCCCCAGUGGCUGAGACCCUCCUCCGUGCUUUGGAUCUCUCCUACGCGGCAGCCCCCCAGCCCGUAUUUACAGACGAGCGUGGCGUAUUACUCCAACGCAUCUUCUCCGCUGCGCGCUCUGGAAGAGCCGGAGAGAGCAUGGAAAGUAUAAUCGAGCGGUUUGCAGUGAGGAGAGGAUGGGCCAUCAAGGAGAUGAAGAAUUUUAUCGAAGACGUUAUCACCCUUGAAACGAAGAUUGUGCGAGGCGGGGCGGAGGUGGGCGCUGGGAGCACUGAAACGGAGCGGGAAUUGAGGGGGAUGUAUGCGGAGGCGGAGAAAAUGUUGCUUGUCAAGAACAAGAGGAAUAGGGCGGGGUAUGAGGCUGGGAAAAGUAUUACUCAUUAUGUGGCUGUUUGA